AAUGGUGAGUAAACGUAAUAAUGUUAAAGAAAACAAUGAAACCUGAGUUACCUAACCCAUUCAAUUCAAUUCAAUAAACAAGAGUUUUCUGUUUGUCUCAAAUAGUCUUUGCAUUCAAGUAAAGUUUGUUGAAGUUGGCCACAUUGAGUGAAAGAGUUGCCAACCUUCCCUAUCUCUCUCCUCCCCUUUCUCACUUUCUCUCUCUUCAUCCUCAGAAUCUUCAAACCCAAAAGUUAAAAUUAUAAAUCCAAAUCAAAAGGGUAAACAAAGUUGGGGAAACCAAACAUUAAAAAAAAAAAGUACUGCAAUAAUUCCCCCCUUUGAAUUUCAAAGUUUCUAGAGAGAGAAAGUUGCAAAAGAAAAGUUUAAAACAUUAUUAUAAAUUCCGAAAGCUUUUCUUUCUCUCAUGAGAGAAAAGCAUAAACUGUACAGGAAGUUUGAGGUGGGCUAACCAAAAAAAAGAAAGACAAAAAACAGCUCAACUUCCCCCUUUCAGACAUUUUGAAGAAAUUUUUAGUAAAGAUGUGCAAAUCCAGAACUCAGCAAAUAUAUAUAGCAAGUAAAUUACAGUAAUGUUAGCAAAAUGGGGAAGAAAGGAAGCUGGUUUUCAGCAAUUAAGAGGGUCUUUGCACAUAGCUCUAAGGAGAAAGUAGCUGAUGGAACAGAGAAGAAAACCUCUAAAGAGAAGAAAAAGAAAGGGGGUGGGAAGCUAAAACAUGGAGAUGGUCAUUCAUUCUUGCCUUUUGUCAGAGAGCCAAGCAGCAUUGAGAAAAUACUUGGAGAGGUUGAAAGGGAGCACCGAAUUACAAAUUAUGACCCUCCAACUCCACCUGAACAACCAAAGGCGGAACCUCCUCAUGUAACACCUCCGCCUGUUCGAACUGCUUCUCCGCCUGUUCGAACUGCUAUUCCACCUGUUCGAACUGCUUCUCCUCCUGUUAGAACUGAUACUCCUCCAAGAGCGCCCACUCCACCCAAGGCUGCUUCCCCUUCAAGGGAUGCCGUUCCACGGACUCCACCUUCACGGGAUGCCGUUCCACGGACUCCACCUUCAAGAGAUGCCAUACAGCCAACUCCUCUGAGAGAGCCCACCCCUCCAGCAAGAAGGGUAGCUUCUCCUCCACGAGUUAAAACACCUGUGAAUGCUGCGGCUCCGGCUAAGGUUCCUUCAUCAAGGUUUGUUCAACAACGGAGGCCAGAGCCGACGUUAAGGGAACAGCAUGCUUGUGCUACUAGGAUCCAGGCAGCUUAUAGAGGUUAUAUGGCAAGGAGGAGCUUUAGGGCUAUAAGAGGUCUGGUGAGGCUGCAAGGAGUUAUGAAAGGGCAUAGUGUGAAGCGUCAAACAUCAAAUGCGUUGAAAUGCAUGCAGAUGUUGGUUCGCGUACAAAAUCAAAUUCAGUCACGAAGGAUCCAGAUGUUAGAAAAUCAGGUGUUACAGCGGCAGGCUCUGUAUAAGGAUGACCAGGACCAAGAGAGCAGCUUCAGCAAGUGGAUGUCUGAGAACCAGGAUCAAUGGGAUGACAGCACACUGACUAAGGAAGAAAGAGAGGCAAGAAUGAAGAGGAAGUAUGAUGCAAUUGUUAAGAGAGAAAGAGCAAUGGCUUAUGCAUACUCCCAUCAGUUGUUUAAAUCAACUCCAAGAACGGCAAAUGGAGCUAUAGCGGAUUUCCGAUCAGGAGGGUAUCCCUACUGGUGGAAUUGGUUAGAACAACGGCAAGUACCACCAUUGACGCCAACUAACCGUUCACGAAGCCCUGUGAUAAAGAACUUCCUAGCAAUUCCAUCUAAAACACACAAGGACUUGAGUGGUAGCAGCCCAGUUCCCCAGUCAAGUAACCUUGGAGGUCUCGGGUUCAGUAAUAUGGAUACUCCAUCUCCAAGAUCCAGCAGGUCAAUGGUAGCCCCAAGAUCAAGACAGGCAAAAACCCCACCCAGUAGAUUUCAGCAGAAAUUAUCUCGAGGGAGUGCAGCCUCAUCACCCUUUAACGGACGAAUAUUCAAAGAUGAUGACAGUCUAAUGAGCUGCCCGCCUUUCUCGGUUCCACGUUACAUGGUGGCUACGGCUUCUGCUAAUGCCAAGUUUAGAGGCAGUCCCGUCCCAGAUAGCCCAAGCAGUAUCACAGAUGAGCCGAAAAGGCGGAUGUCAUUUCCUUUUACUCAAGGGGCUGGAUCUUUUAAGUGGAACAAAGGGAAAGAACCGAGUUCACCAAGCGUGUCAGGGAAGAACCAGUCAGUGCAAUCUAUAGGAAACUUGAGUGUUGAUUCUACAGUUUCUAUGCCUGCUGCUGUAGGAAGAAAGCCAUUUAACCGUUUCGUGUGAUUCUUUUUGUCUAUUUUUUUUCCUCCUCUACUCUCUCACUGUGGGCCUGGUUUUUACGUUACAUUUUUUUUCCAUGUUUUUUCUUAUCUACUUGUGAGUGCUUGUAAACGAGUUAAUUACAAUUGCUGAUGUAUACUAAUAAAGACGAUGUAGAAUGUGAUUGCUUGUAAGUACCUGCUUAUCAUUUUAAUUACUAUUGUUUGGGAUGUACUGAUUUUAAUGCA